CUGAUGUUUUUGCAAUUAUUUUAGGGGGGUGAAACAUUUUAUGGAGUCUUAAAAUAUCUGUUUUUUAAUACAAUGCUCUUCUUUGAGGAACCGGAAAGGAAAUUUGUUAAGGAAUUAUUUCUUUUGUGUUAUUAAGAUGAUCAGGCAUACAUUUGCAGCAUUUUGGUUUCUUCUUUCUUCUUUUACUUUUAGCUACCAAGUUUUCCAUUGGGAGUUCUUUUGGGAAGAUAGAAAUUUUAAUGUUCUCUAGUCUAGUACCUGCAAAUUUCUAGUUGAUACAGUACCUAUCAAAGAUGUCUGUAACAUCAGUGAAGCAUUAGACUUUGUCACAAUGUGAUUGGGACUCUUCUUUUGAGCAAAAAUGUGGAUACAAAUCAUAAUCUUAUUUUAUUUGGGUUUAUAUUUUAUAAUUCUAAGGCUAUAUUAGAACAAAAGCAUCUUUGAUGAUGACUUAUUUGAAAAGUAUUUUUAAAGCCAAUUGAAGUACCUGCUUUUUAAGAUGUAUUAUAAUUUAGCAUGUUUAUAAUCCAAUAUAAAAAUAUAAAGCCUAUUUAUAAUUAGGUCUCCAGUAAUGCUUCUUGAAUUGAGGCAGUGGGGUGGGUGAGGAGAAUAUUUUUCUUUUGACAUCACUUAUGCUUCUAGUUGUAGCUUUUUAUGAUGAAAACCGUGAUUGAUUUACUAGUAAACUCAGAGAAGAUAGCUUAAAGCAGUAGGAAAACUGUAGUGUGACUUUUCAAUUACCUUUUCAAAGAUUCAACUAAAUAUCUGCUAUUUUUAAUUUGAAUUCCUUUUAUUACUUCUUUUUAAAAAGUGGCACUGUUGACACUUGCGACCUCAAUAAAAGAGAUAUUUUAAUGUUAAAAUGUCUUAAAUUAAUGUUGAAAAUAAAAGUAUUUUUUCGCAUCCCACCUAAAGAAGGAGGGAUUUUCUUUAGCUGCUUCUUGAUCUUGACAGCAUUGCUGCUGCAUCCGUGACUCUGGGUUCAGUGUCAGUGAUACGUUAUCUUUGAGGUAGCCUUUGUCGCUUUAGAACCAAGCUGAAAAAAUCUCAUCAUUUCUGUACCAACAUUUCUAGUUGCUGGUCAAUGCAAUGUAAGUGGAUUUCCCCUGAAGAUUAUUAUUUUCUGGUUUCUAAUGUAUUGGGAAGACAUAUUGGCAAAGUGGAUCGGUCAUUUACCUAAAGGUAUUUUUUUCUUAAGAAAAAUAGUAAAUGUGGUCUGCUCAAUUAGAUUUAUAAUUGAGUUGUAAACCUCCCAAAUUUAUCCAAGUUGUAACAACCAGUUAGCUUGUUAACCAGCCACAGUGGAGCUUUGCAGUACUGAAUGGUGACAGGAGUGAUGAGAGGGUUUUGCUUGGAGAGAAUUUGUAGACCAAAUUCAGCAGCCUUAGCAUGACAGAGGAGAGAUCAAAAGAGAACAGUGGUGAAGUUUCUUGCUAUUUAGAAAUUUUUUUCCUUUUCCUUAGAUACUGCAUUAGCACAUUUUCUUAAUUAUGCAAUAAUUAUUCAUAUUUUGUCUAGUGUUUUGAAUACUGAGAUUUACUCGAAGUAAAUGGAAUUAUUUUUUUCUAGCAUCUAAAACUAUGGAAACCUAAACAUCAACUAUCAGUGGUCAUGAAUUUCUUAAACAUUUUUAUAAUAUCUGAGUAUUUCAAGCAGAAGAAACCUUUCUGCUUUUUUAGAGAGAAUAAUACAGUGUUUUAAGAUAAUUUUUAAAAAUGUACUUCUAAAGAUUGAACAGUAUUUUUAUGUCAUGGCUUUUUCAUACUGAAUACUUAGAGAAAAUGAUGUAACACAACCACAUACAUGUGACUCUUUGUUGUUGUUUCUAUUUUCUUGCUCAAAUAUGCUUUCUCUAUAACCUCAGAACUUGGAUAUUAAUUAUCUGAAUGUAACCUGGACCAUCUAACAUAAUAUAAUUACAUUGAUAAUGAUUCUAUCUUCCUCUGUUUUAUUUUGCCAUUUUCACCAUUCCGCGGACACAAAUCUUUAGCGUUGGUCAAAUCGGAAGCGAUUAAGUGCCAGCAAGUCCUCUUUGAUACGCAACCUACGGCUCUCUGAGUCCUUGAAAAAGAACCAACUCUGGAACGGGAUUAUAAGUAUAACUUUGUUGGAAGGGAAGAAUGUCUCAGGAGGAAGCAUGACAGAGAUGUUUGUCCAGUUAAAACUGGGAGAUCAGAGGUAUAAAAGUAAGACACUGUGUAAGAGUGCAAAUCCGCAGUGGCAGGAACAGUUUGACUUUCACUACUUCUCUGACAGGAUGGGCAUUUUGGACAUUGAAGUGUGGGGAAAGGACAACAAAAAGCAUGAGGAACGUCUGGGCACGUGUAAAGUGGAUAUCUCGGCACUCCCUCUGAAGCAAGCCAACUGCCUGGAGCUGCCACUGGACAGCUGUCUGGGGGCUCUCCUUAUGUUGGUCACACUUACACCCUGUGCGGGGGUCUCCGUCUCUGAUCUGUGUGUCUGCCCCUUCGCAGACCCCAGCGAAAGAAAGCAGAUUACCCAGCGAUAUUGCUUACAGAACUCCCUGAAAGAUGUGAAAGACGUCGGCAUUCUACAAGUGAAGGUUUUAAAGGCAGCAGAUCUCUUAGCGGCAGAUUUCUCAGGGAAGAGUGACCCAUUUUGCUUGUUGGAGUUAGGCAAUGACCGACUUCAGACGCACACCGUCUACAAAAACCUCAACCCUGAAUGGAACAAAGUUUUUACAUUUCCCAUUAAAGAUAUCCAUGAUGUUUUGGAAGUGACAGUGUUUGAUGAAGAUGGAGAUAAACCCCCAGAUUUUCUUGGAAAAGUUGCCAUUCCCUUGCUGUCCAUUAGAGAUGGACAACCAAAUUGUUAUGUACUAAAGAAUAAAGAUUUAGAACAAGCUUUUAAAGGAGUUAUUUACUUAGAGAUGGACCUUAUAUAUAAUCCGGUGAAAGCAAGUAUUAGGACUUUUACUCCCCGGGAAAAGCGCUUUGUUGAAGACAGCCGCAAGCUGUCCAAAAAGAUCUUAUCAAGAGAUGUGGACCGUGUGAAAAGAAUCACUAUGGCAAUAUGGAAUACAAUGCAAUUCCUUAAAAGCUGCUUCCAGUGGGAAUCCACAUUAAGAAGUACAAUAGCAUUCGCGGUAUUUUUGAUCACUGUCUGGAACUUUGAACUAUAUAUGAUCCCCUUGGCAUUGUUGCUGAUCUUUGUCUACAAUUUCAUCAGACCUGUGAAAGGCAAGGUCAGCAGCAUCCAGGACAGCCAGGAGAGCACAGACGUAGAUGACGAGGAUGAUGAAGAUGACAAGGAAUCUGAGAAAAAGGGGUUGAUUGAAAGAAUCUAUAUGGUACAGGAUAUUGUUUCAACUGUUCAAAACAUCUUGGAGGAAAUAGCUUCUUUUGGAGAAAGGAUUAAAAACACAUUUAACUGGACGGUCCCCUUCCUUUCAUCUCUGGCCUGUUUGAUUCUGGCAGCAGCCACCAUCAUUUUGUAUUUCGUUCCACUGCGGUACAUCAUUUUAAUCUGGGGCAUAAAUAAAUUUACUAAGAAGCUUCGAAAUCCCUAUUCCAUCGACAAUAAUGAGCUACUAGACUUCCUCUCUAGGGUACCGUCUGAUGUUCAAAAGGUGCAGUAUGCAGAAUUGAAACUCUGCAGCAGCCACAGCCCCCUGCGGAAGAAGCGCAGCGCUCUCUAGGGCACACACCGACUUUGGACAGCAGCACCCAAUAUUGUGUUUGGUUGAGUAGACCAAUGUUAUGGCUGUUUCAGUGGUACCCAAGGUGUCCUUCUGAAAUGCAUGCCCUGUGGCACCCUCUGUAUACUUCCUCCUCCUUCACGUGCACAGACAUACACACAUGUGCACACACCCUCAUGCAUGGGUGUCCUAGUUGCGUAGAGGGUCAGCCCAGCAAAAAGCAACAAUCCCAAGACUGUGAAAGACUAACAUCCAUUCUGAAAUAGGAGAUAACGAGGCUGCCAUGGAUCUGAGCACCACCUUCCUUGAGAACAGCCAGGAGCCCACUUGGAUUCAAGAGUGACUUUGAACUUGUUUUCACACCUCCAACAGACUCUCAUUAAGAUUCAGUUAUUUCCGCUCCCCAGCCCCACACUCCUUUCAGAUUAUCGUUCAUGGGCGUAAGUCUUUUCUCAGAGUUAACAAGUCUUUGGUAGUCAUCCUCUGUCCAAAUAUUGUAUAUUAUUAAAAGGCAUUUUUAAUAAUUACCAGAAUUAGCUCAAACCUUUAGGGAUCUUUCAGCCAUGAUUAUUAAGGAUAUGUAUGUGAAUUUUUGGGAAACCUCUCAGUGCUGGAUGCCAGCCUACAGCAGGGUCCAUUGCUGGCAAUGGAUGGCCCAGGAAGGUCCCUAGAGAUCACUCACUUGAAAAAUGAGGGUCCCAUGAAAGUAUUUGGUUGCCUUCUGAUGCCGCUUCUUCUCACUUUACUUUUUGCUUAUUUUCAAAAUAUUAUAAAAUGUCAACAUAUAAUUUCAGAAAGGCAGGUGGGGGUAGGGGAGAAAUGAAUGAAUAAAUUCUCUAGGUAUUUAGAAAGAUAAGAAACUGAAGACCGAGAGACUAAUAAGGCUGCUUACCUAAUUAUUAUAAUCAUUUCAUUUGCCUGAAUGUUUUAAGCAGGAAGUAGAAAUACUUUGGCUGCCCAAAUGUAUCUUUUGUUCCUCUUAGAAGUAAAAUAAGCUACAUACAAUAAAAAUUUAUUUCAGAACCCCAUUUCUAGAAAAUACCACCCCAGAGUCCUCAUUUGGUAGCAUCUGUCUCCUGCAGACCUCAUCAUUCCACACUAUUUCCCUGCCAUGUAAAAAUCCUGACUUUGUGCGUAUAUAAAAUGUAUGCAAUUAAGUCUGUUUAAAUGAUAUUUAAGUUUUAAAGACUGUAUUUUGUUGACACAUACUUUGUGCAGUUUUUAUGUAUGUAUGUAUUAUUUAAAAAGUUAAGGUUAAAAAGAUCUCAUUUAAUAGUGAGUUUACUAUUUUUUUUUGUCUCUGGGUUGUAAUUUAAUAAUCUUCAAACAAAAUGUUUACGAAAAAUGCCAAAGAUUCUAAAUCUUAUCAUCA